AUGGCGCCCAGCUCGAAAUCAGAGAAGGACGACAACAAACUGAAAUCUACUAGAAAACACAAAGACCAUGUCGUCAAGCUCCUCACACGUGGAAAGCUGUCAGGUCAGUUUUCCCAACGCCUCUUCAGGAAACUACCACCCCGUGUAUGUGUCCCUUUGAAGAACAUCGUCAGUGAGGAGUUCCUCAGAGCAGGACACAUAUUUCUUGGCUUCACCAAAUGUGGACGCUAUGUCCUUUCCUACACAAGUGAUUGUGGUGAAGAUGAUGACUUCUCUUUCUAUACGUACCAUCUCUAUUGGUGGGAAUUCAACCUGCACAGCCGACUGAAACAGGUCCAUCAUGUGCGACUAUUUGCUGGAGAGGAAAUCUACAGUGACCUCUACCUUACUGUGUGCGAGUGGCCUAAUGACCACUCAAAAAUCGUCAUUUUUGGCUUCAAUACACGCAGUUCCAGCUCAGUUCUGAUGAACCUGAUGAUGAGUGAUGAAAACAACAGAGACAUCUAUAUCACGAUCGCGUCCAUGCCUCCUCCAAAACCUUGUUCUCACUGCUGUCCAGUUCCUUCAGCCACCACUGUACGCACAGGUGGUGAUUGUCUUGAACAUGGCUAUGUACUCAACAGCAGGUACCAGGUAGUGUACCCCUUCCCUACCUUCCAGCCAGCCUUCCAGCUGAAAAAGGACCAGGUCAUCCUACUAAAUACUAGCUACUCAUUGGUGGCUUGUGGUAUCUCUCUUUGCCAAGCAGGUGAGCAGGGUCAGUCGUCUCAGAUCCUUUACACAAAGAAAGCAGCGCCCCCAUCAUGCCAAACGUAUGCAUUUCCCUCUACCCCUCCCUCAUCCUCUUCAUCCACACUACAUCAGGAAUCCCCUGAAAGCAAGCAGCCGUCCGACAGAACCAACCCUUCGCCCUUAUCUCCUGGGCAGUUACAGGCGGCUGUGCGAGCCAGGGAGUUUGCCGCAGACCUCUUCAGGCGGGCCCAGGGAGUAGGGAGAGAGAACGAGGCAGAUCGAGAUGGGAGAAGAGCGGACAGCAUGCAAAAGGAGGUGACACAAAUUGCAGGGAUUAAAGGGGCCAGUAUUGUGGCUCUGAAAGAAGAUGAUAGUCGGACUAGUUUACCUCAGCCCUCCACAUCAGGAGAGAACCACAGUUUACUGCAGCACACAGAACAGGUGAUGUCACCUGCCUCUGUCUCCUCAUCGUCAUCCCCUGCGACCCCGCCCUCAACCUCAUCUCAGGAGUCAGGCCCAACAGAGCCAGGAUACCUUAACUACACAUGCCUGUACUACCGCCUCCAACAGCCUGGGGCAACAGAGCAAGCUGGUGGAGCUUAUGAAGAUGAUAAAGUCCAGUUGCCAUUUACUGUCACUGAUCUGAAAGGACGGAACCUACAGCUGGUCACUGGGCCGUACAAUGGACAGAGUGUGUGCGUGGAGCAGUUGACUUUGGACUUUGAGUAUCUUAUAAAUGAGGUAAUCAGAAGUGAUGUUGCCUGGGCCUCUCAGUUCUGCUCGUUCAGCGACUACGAUGUCGUCAUACUGGAGGUUUGUCCAGAGACCAACAUUGUGAUGAUCAACAUUGGCCUGCUCUUACUGGCCUUUUCCAACUCCGAAGAGGAGCACUGCCGGCCCAACACUUACCAUUCCAACCUGCAGGUCAGCUGGGACCUCAACACAGGUGUGUGCUGUACUGUUGGUGUCGGUGACCUCACAGAAGUCAAGGGUCAGACUAGUGGAAGUGUGUGGAGCUCUUACAGGAAGUCCUGUGUGAACACAGUGAUGAAAUGGCUGGUUCCCGAGAGCAGCUCGCGCUACAUCAAUCGAAUGACAAAUGAAGCUUUGCACAAAGGCUCCUCACUACAAGUAUUAGCGGACAGUGACCGAUGCACCUGGAUUGUAUUAUGAAGAAGAGUGAAGGGACGCACAUGCUUGUGAUGGUGGGCCACACGUGUCAGACACAGAAGGAGCGACUUCCAUACAUACAUGUUGACACUGCCUUAGUGCAGAGCAUAAACUCAUCUCAAGCCAAACAUCUCACGAUGUUCAGUGAUUUCACAUUGACUUGUAGAAGGUACACCUGGUAGGUUCCAACUGAGCUACAACCGUUGUGGGUGGAAUACUGUAAAAAGGAGUUUUAAGGGGGACUCUGUGAUUUUGUUUGUCUUAUUUUUUUGUAAUUGUGUACUGUAUUCUGGUCUUGCAAACAUCAACCAAGACCUGUACUGAACAAAGAUUAAGUGUAAGUUUGGUUUUAUCUGCAAAGUGUGCUGUUGUCUGGUGAGUGCAUCUCCUGUGUAAUUGUAUGCAAAAUCUGCACUUGUGUAUUCACAUUUUCAUCUGCUGAAAGGGCAUCUGUGUGUAUGGGUGUUCAUAUGUGUCCAACAUGUAUGGUAAAAGUUAUGGUCUAGUCGCCUCAGAUUCUGCUGCCCCUGGACGUGAAAUUCUGUCAUCAGAUAUGGGCCAGCUCAGUCCAGUAUUGUCAUUUCUUCAUGGUAUUUUUCAAAAUGAUACAAAGUGAACCCUGCUAUGUCCUUUUUUUGGUAUUUUUCAAAAUGAUAAAAAUUUAACCCUGCUAUGUGAUUUUUUUUUCUUAGAAUAGAAUAGAAUACUCUUUAUUAGUCACUUUGUACAUGCAUACAAAUGAAAUUUACUGUCUGCAUUUGACCCAUCCUGUUUAGCUAGGAGCAGUGGGCAGCCACCGUGCAGCACCCGAGGACCAACUCCAGUUAUUCCUAUUGCCUUGGUCAGGGGCACAGACAGGAGUAUUAACCCUAACAUACAUGUCUUUUUUUGAUGGUGGGAGGAAACCGGAGUGCCCAGAGGAAACCGACGUAGACAAGGGGAGAACAUGCAAACUCCACACAGAAAGGACCUGGGACAGCCUGGGGUUUGAACCCAGGCCCUUCUUGCUGUGAGGCAACAGUGCUAACCACUGGGCCACCCAGUUGAUACAUGAUAGUUGAUAGCUGAUACAUGUUUUUGUAAAAGAGCAGUGAAUUCAAGGAGUUACCUGCUUAGUCAACAUUAUCCUUUAUGGUCAUCAGGAUGAAGGGAGACGGUCAUAUUGGGAUAUUUUUUUUAUAAAAUAAAAAUUUCAGAGUU